UUUGCUUCGUGUCGUUGGUGGAAUCUCAGUUUGGCCUGAGAGUCGUGUAGGGAUGGUGUGCGUAGUAAUGCAGGGCAGUGAAGGACAACACCAAUAAUACUGAGUCCUAUGUGCAUAAAAUAUGUAGUUUUUAUUUCAAACUAGCUUCUGGUAGUUGAAUCUGAAGUGUUAAGGACUGAAAACAAAAACAAAAACAAGUAAGGUCGCCGAGGUAAUGGUGCCCACGCCCACUCGUGCUGCGCUAUUUGUGGCUGCGGUGAUGGUGGCAACCACGCCUGUGUCGCGGCAACCCCAACUUGUGUUUCCCAGUGAGCUUGAUCCUCCCUAUCUGCCCUCUGCUGUGUCAGGCACCACCGUGCGGCGCACGAAAUAUGAAGCGGUGGGCUCACCUGACGUUCAGAGGGCUAUGAUGAAGACAGAGAGGGCCGCCGCAGGUAGGCCAGAAAGAAGCAACAGUCCAGAUGUUCUCUCGGGCUCAGAACUGAAUGAGGCGCACAUCAAAAAUAAACUUUCGAGUAUUCUGCGAGAUCUAGGAGUAGGAACUGGAUCACUAGGACAGGAGCUCGCCAGGUCAGGGAUCCUGUUACAGAUACUAGAAAGAGUAAGAGCCGAUGGCUUAGCCAGCCAACUGACGAAUUUAUUUAUAAGAGGCACAACUGAUGGCAACACACCACGAGGUGAAGGCGGUGACAGGCAGGAAAAAGAUUACGGUGGAGAUGAAGAAGAGGCUACGGACGAUGACAUCGACGAUCAAGAGUGUGGCGUCCAGCAGCCAGAACCUCGGAUUUUGGGCGGUGAGGAGGCCUGGCUGGGGGCAUGGCCCUGGGUGGCGGCGAUGAUUCACGCGCCCUCUGGCCGAGCCUACUGCGGAGCCUCUCUAAUCAACAAUCGCUUCCUCCUCACUGCCGGUCACUGCGCCGCCAUCCUACCUCAGCACCUGGUGGAGGUGUGGCUGGGGAGCCACGACCUCUCCAAACGCGAGGAGCAGGGCCGCGUGGUGAGGACUGUCUCACAAAUCAUUAUCCAUGAAGAUUUCAACAGCAGGAGUCUUAAAAAUGACCUUGCCUUGCUGCAGCUCGACCACCCCGUCCACACCACCAUAACCGUCCGUCCCGUCUGUCUGCCUCAAAAACAGGACUAUGAUACCCAGCUGGCGACUGGAGUAGCGGAGGGCGGCGGCAUCGUGGCGGGAUGGGGUCUGGUCAAGGAGGACGGCAGACCCUCUGACAUCCUGUUGCAGGUGCGUCUUCCCUUCAUCGACCUGGACACGUGCCGGACGAUGUACGAGGCCAUCAACCCAGUGAGCGAGGACAUGCUGUGCACCUACCAUAACUCCUCCAGCGCCGCCAUGGACGCCUGCAAGGGUGACUCCGGGGGCCCGCUGGUGGUGGAGGGCGUGGACGGCCGGUGGGUGCAGGUGGGCGUGGUAAGCUUCGGCUACGGGUGUGGGCGCGAGUAUCCAGGAGUCUAUACCAGGACUUCGCGUUACCUGCUGUGGAUAUUCAUCAAGAUUCUCAUGGCGGAGGGCUCCUAAUGUAUAAGGAUGUGUGCGUGCUCGCGGGAAAGAAAAUCUGUCAUAUCGAAUUCCACGUGUAUUGUAUCCGUCAUCAGCAAAACUUUAGUCGAGACAUAUGUUCUGUGCUGUGCUUCGGUUAUCAAGUUAGGAGGCGAUGCUCGAUUGUUCCUCAGCGCUCUCUUCCUCCUGUGUGUUGACAACAGCAGAUAAUUUCGUACAAGAUAGUAAAUUUAAGACUGUUGUCUUAUCAUUAAGGUUUUAUAUAUAUUUUUUUUUUUCAUAUGACAACAGUGACAGACUUUUUUCAUAUGACAACAGUGACUGAGACUUUUUCAAAUGACGGCAGUGACUGAGACGACUGUAAUUACCAUUAUUUUGAUUUAUCGUUAUGGUUUUUGGCAGUAUAUAUUGGUAAUUCUUUUACAUGGUGGUCUGAUACGCGACGAAUCAUAACAGUAUCUGUACACAUUCAACUUCAAAUGUUCCUACAACUGUUAUUGUUGCACAGUCGUGGUCAGAAAUCAGAUAACCUUCUGCGCUCACUUGCACUGUGCUGUGUUUACCCUUUAGUUUACAUCCUCUGAUUGUCAUUUCAAUAACUGACAACUAAUUGAUCGCUGCUACAGCGGAGGACUUUUAUAUUUGAGGAAAAAAUACUAAACACAAUGAAAGUGUAGACUAACUUACUUUUUGUCCUUGACUGUACCAUUAUGUAUCGUGACUGCAAGACACACUGUAAACGUGUAGAAUUGUUCAUCAGGUAGUACGUGCAUCACAACCAACUUGGGUGUACGCUCAUUGCAUACCACAAGCUGGGGGGAAAUAAUUAGAAACAUAUAAUUAGAAAUCAUAUAACCUUCUGCGCUCACUUCCAUUGUGCUUUGUGUUUACCCUUUAGCUUACAUUCUCUGAUUGCCCUUUCAAUAAAUGACAACUAAUAGAUCGCCGCUACAGCGGAGGACAUUUAAAUUUGAGGGAAAACACUAAACACAAUGAAAGUGUAGACUAACUUAAUUUUGUCUUUGACUGUACCAUUAUGUAUCGUGACUGCAAGACGCACUGUAAAUGUGUAGAACUGUUCAUCAUGUGGUGCAUGCAUUACAACCAACUUGGGUGUACGCUCAUUGCAUACCACUGGCUAGGGAAAAAUAACCGGAAACAGUAAAUAUAGUAGUAUAGGCCGAUAUGGAAGUUAGUCACCCUUAAAUCAGAUUAGAUUACGAUAUAUGAUGUUAGGUUAGGUGUUUAUGCGUCUCUGAUAUCAGAUUCUUAAGACUCAAAUAUAAUUGCUCUACUUGACAUACUAUCAAUAUUGGACAGUCACUUCAACAUGAAUGAUUAUGGAACUUAAUUCUUUUUAGAAGAUCGUGAAACUUCCGUAGAUUUCGGAACUAGACUGUGGUACUAAUAAAUAUGGAGUUACUGAAAAUGUACCAACUUGAAAUUACUGUAAAUUUAUAUUACUUUUAUUAUUAUGCAUUGUACAUAAUUUUAAGCUUUUUUAUUUAAAAAACUG